AUGGAAAGGCCGACGCCCAAAUUACAACAACAACAGGCAGCCACAGUACAGAAAGAAAGAGCGGGAAAAACGGCCACAAAAGUGAAUGACGUCAUCGCAAAGCUUCAAACUUAUAAACAACAGGUAACUGAGUUUGACACAUUUUGUCCCAUGUUGUGUGUUUAUCUGGAACAGAAAUUACAGUCCUUUCGAGGAGGGCAACUCAAGCACUACUAUAACGAGUGGGUGAAGCUAACCUCAGACUCUGAGAUACUUAAUACUGUAAGUGGUUUAUCCAUAGACUUUGUGAACCAGCCAACUCAAAAUGACUGUCCUAGACCUUACGCGCUAUCGGGUUUUGAACAGUCUGUUAUUGAUGAUGAGAUUACUAAAUUGCUAUCUAAGGGUGUUAUCACCACCUCCUGUCAUGAACCAGGCGAAUAUUUCUCUAAUGUUUUUGUUCGAAAGAAAAAAGACGGUUCUUACCGGAUGAUACUAAAUUUAAAGGGGCUUAAUAGAGAUGUAGAAUAUCAUCAUUUUAAAAUGGAUAAUAUUAAAACUGUUAUAAACAUGAUGAAGCCCAAGUGCUUUAUGGCAUCCAUCGACAUCAAGGAUGCUUACUAUACUGUACCCAUUGCAGAGCCUGAUCAAAAGUUCUUAAAAUUCAUAUGGAAAAAUACAAUUUAUAAAUUUGUGUGUUUUCCAAAUGGACUAGCAGUUUGCCCCCGUAAAUUUACCAAACUUCUCAAGCCUGUAUAUGCAACACUUCGUGCUCAGGGGCACGAGUCAUCAGCCUAUAUAGACGACUCUUAUCUUCAAGGCGACACUUAUGAGGAUUGUACACACAAUGUCAUAGAUACAGUAUCUAUUUUAGACACAGUAGGGUUUGUGACUCACCCUAAGAAAUCAGUGUUUGUCCCAGCCCAGGAAAUUGUUUUUCUUGGUUUCCUGUUGAACUCUAUUACUAUGACUGUAAAGCUUACCAGUGAACAAGCCUGUAAGAUACAGAAUGCUUGCCUAGGUCUUAAAAACUCUAAUAUUAAGGGUGUACCUAUCAGAGAAGUGGCUAGAGUGAUCGGGCUCUUGAUUUCAAGCUUCCCAGGGGUCCAAUUUGGCCCACUUUAUUACCGACACAUUGAGUGGGAUAAAACUGGGUCAUUGAAGGCUUCAAAAGGGAAUUUUGACAAGAAGAUGCAUCUAUCUGUCCCAGCUAUAAAUGAGCUGAACGGUGGAUUGCCAAUGUUCAGCAAUCAUACAGUAACAUAA